UCCCCCCCGGUCCUUUUUCCUUCCCUUUCCUGGGAAAUGUGGAAUUUCUGAUGGUUAUCAAUGACCCCAUUGGCAUAGUGCAAAAGCUUACUGAAAAACAUGGAGAUGUCUUCAGCAUGCAAAUAGGCAGCCAGUCAUUUGUGAUUGUAAAUGGGCUGCCACUGGUCAAGGAAACCCUUGUGAGCCAGGGAGAGAACUUCAUGGAUCGCCCAGAAAUUCCUAUCAACACAGAUGUCUUUGGCAAUUUGGGGCUGGUCUUCUCCAAUGGGCACCUGUGGAAGCAGCAGAGAAGGUUCACCUUGACCACCCUCCGAAACUUUGGCCUGGGGAAGAGGAGCCUGGAGGAGCGGAUCCAGGAGGAGUGCCGGUUCCUCACGGAUGCGUUCAGGGAUGAGCAGGGAAAUCCUUUCAAUCCUCACCUUAAAAUCAACAAUGCUGUUUCAAACAUCAUCUGCUCCGUCACCUUUGGCAAUCGGUUUGAAUACCAUGAUGAGGACUUCCAAAGCUUGCUGCGGAUGAUAAAUGAGACUGUUACCCUCCAAGGGAAGAUAAUGAGCCAGCUGUACAAUGCUUUUCCCUUCAUAAUGAAGUACCUCCCUGGAUCCCACCAAACUGUUUUUAAAAACUGGAAGUUGAUGAAAAAUUUUGUCUGCAAUGUGAUCAGCAAACACAAGGAAGACCUGAACCCCUCAGAGAGCCGAGACUUCAUCGACAGCUACCUGCAGGAGAUGGCCAAGCCCAAUAGCAGUGACUUCUGUGAGGAUAACCUGGUGGCAUGUACUCUUGACCUACUGUUUGCUGGGACUGAGACCACUUCCACAACCAUCCGCUGGGCCCUGCUGUAUAUGGCCGUGUAUCCAGAAAUUCAAGCCCGUGUGCAAGCAGAGAUUGAUGCUGUCAUUGGGCAGACACGACAGCCAGCCCUGGAGGACAGGAACAACAUGCCCUACACCAACGCUGUCAUCCAUGAAGUGCAGAGGAAAAGCAACAUCAUCCCUUUGAAUGUCCCAAGACAGACAGUGAAGGACACAGUCCUGGCUGGCUUCCGGGUGCCCAAGGGCACUGUUAUGAUUGCAAAUAUAUCCUCUGUGAUGUUUGACAAGAAGGAAUGGGAAACCCCUCACAGUUUUAACCCCGGGCAUUUCCUGAAGGACGGUCAGUUCUGGAAAAGGGAGGCGUUUCUGCCAUUCUCUAUAGGGAAGCGCGCCUGCCUGGGUGAGCUGCUGGCCCGCGCCGAGCUCUUCCUCUUCUUCACGGCUCUGCUCCAGAAAUUCACCUUCCAGGCUCCCCCGGACACCAUCCUCGACCUCAGAUGCAUUCUGGGCAUGACCUUGGCCCCACGGCCCUACAAGAUCUGUGCAGUGCCUCGAUAGGAAGCACAGCCACUGCUCUUGGAGAAGGAAUGUCUCAGCUUUGGCACAGAUGCACAAACUGAGUGUUCAUCAGCCACCAUGUGCCAUGCUGACAACCUCCUCACGUGUUCUGUUUCUUUCUAAGCUAAUUGCAGAAUAAUUUCUUUUUACAAGCAGAUCUUGCAGGCUGUGUCAGAUGAGAAGGUCUAUCAGCACUUGAUGGGCUGGGGCACUUCUGGGCUUGCAGCCCAGCAAUGACAGUGAAUGAGGAGCUCAGGACUUUUUUAAAUUCCAUGCUGGAUGGCCAUGCAUCACACCUGUGGUUCAGUACUGGUAGAGAGCAACACCUGAGCUCAUCUCACUAUACUGGUAAAAGCAGUAAUUGCAAACAGUUCCUACUUUGAACUUAGGAAAGCAGUUUGUCAAAAAUACCACAGUGCCCUGUGAUAUCUCUCUCUCAUGAGCAUUAAUAAAUCCCAAUUGAAGCAUUUUUGAUGUGCAGCAUUUUGCAAAGUGGUGACCAGCACAGCCUUUUCAGCACUGCCUGCAGUCUCCAGCCGUGCCAGCAUUUGGGGCAGCAGGGGGUGGGAUGUAGAGCCAUGCUGAGCUGCGUAGCACCAGCUGUCCCUUAGCAGAAAGGAGGGCACAGGAACAGCACAGGCCAUUUGUGCAGAGCUGAUGAAUAUUCAUGAUCCAAGCUCUAUGCGCAAACCAGCAGGAAAACCACCAAAGCUGGUGGCUGCGUUCUGCCACACCACUGCAAUGAAUGCAGUGACAGACACUCAGAGGAUGACAAGUGCCACUUCUGACAUCUAUUUCUAAAAUAGCAGCACCUGGAGCCUUAGCAAAUACAGGUCCUGUCUCCUAAUGUUACCUCAGUAGUCUUCUUUUCCGUCCCCCAAUCCUGAGUGCUCUCCUCAACACUGGACAGCAACAGUGAGGAAGGCUGAGCUGGCACUGCAGUGCUGCCCAGGAUGAAAUGCAGGGGCCAUGACCAGGUUCAAAACCUGAUGUGGAGAAUACACACUGUCUUCUCAGCAUUUCUGCUCACCUCGUGCACUUCUCCCCUCUGGUCUACCUGGAAGUCCCUGCAACUUUACUGCUUUCUUAUCUACACACACUGCCUCAUGGGAGACAAUAAAUGGCUGCAAUCUUC